AUGGGCCAACCGAAUCUAACUAUGCUGACUGAAUUCAUUCUGAUGGGAAUCACAAGGCACCCUGAGUGGCAACUCUCUUUUGCUUGGGUCUUCCUUGGCAUCUACACUAUCACAGUGACUGGAAACAUGGGCCUGAUCAUCUUGACCAGAGUGGACUCCCGACUACACACACCUAUGUAUUUUUUUAUCAGACACCUGGCCUUCAUCGAUCUUGGUAAUUCUACUGUUAUUUAUCCCAAGAUGCUAGUAAAUUUUGUUGUGGAUCAAAAUACUAUAUCCUAUUAUGAAUGUGUCACACAGAUGGCUUUUUACAUUCUGUUAAUUAUCAGUGAGCUCUUCAUCCUGGCAGCCAUGGCCUAUGACCGCUAUGUGGCCAUCUGUAACCCUCUGCACUACAAUGUCAUCAUGUCCCAGAGAUUUUGUCAUGUACUGGUGGGCAUCCCAUAUCUCUACAGUGCUUUUCAGUCUCUAAUGCUCACCAGUAAGAUUUUUACGUCGACCUUCUGUGGUACUAAUGUCAUCAGUCAUUUCUAUUGUGAUGAUGUUCCCUUGAUACCUUUGCUCUGCUCAAACACACAGGAAAUUGAAUUAUUGAUUGUAAUAUUUUCAGCAUUUAACUUAAUUUCCUCCCUCCUGAUACUCCUGGUAUCCUACAUGCUGAUUCUGAAUACCAUAUUUCGAAUGAAUUCUGCUGAGGGCAGGAAGAAAGCUUUUUCCACCUGUGGCUCUCAUCUGACAGUGGUGGUUGUGUUCUAUGGGACUCUACUAUUCAUGUAUGUGUGGCCUAAAUCUGCUCAUUCCUUUGAUACUGAUAAAAUGGCCUCUGUGUUUUACACUUUAGUCAUCCCCAUGCUGAACCCCUUCAUUUACAGUUUAAGGAACAAAGAAGUAAAAAAUGCUUUCAAAAGGGUCAUCAAGAAUCGAGGCAAACUUUGUUUCUAA